GGAGGAAUGGGAGGAGCAUAGAUACUCAGGUGCCAUUGUAUAAAUGUGUGUGGGGAGCAGAAGGAGGCCCAUUCUCGUAGUCCUCAUCAUGCUGAUAGGAGUGUUAGCGGUGUUGUGCGUGGCAGGGGCGGCCAUUGCCGACACCCCCGCCAACUGCCUCUUUGAGGACAUUCGCGGCACCUGGACCUUCUACGAGACGGAGCGAAGCGGCGACAACACCCUCAGCUGCGACACCAUGGGCCCCGUCGUGUACGUGAAGAACUUCACCCUUGACUUCCCUAACACCGUCAUGGACGAGCUGGGGCAUCAAGGCACCUGGACCUUGGUUUGGAACCAAGGUUUUGAGGUAAACAUCAACCAAAGGUCUUACUUCGCCUGGUCCUACUACGAGGGAAACUUUAUCUCCGCCACGUCAUACUGCGACAGAACCUUCACCGGUUGGUCUCGCGAUGCUACCGUCAGGAACUGGUCAUGCUUCUUUGGCAAUAAAACCACGGAGGUUCCUCCUCGUGAGACCAAGAAGAUGUCGAUCCCCUCAGCGAUGCUUCACCAAACGUAUAAAAAUGACCACCAAAUGAUUGAAAGAAUCAACGGCAAGCAGUCCUCGUGGAGGGCUAAAGCUUACCCAGAACACGAGAAGUACACAGUGGAGGAGAUGAUGCAGCGGAUGGGUGGUCCUGGCUCAGUGCUCACCAAUCCUCCUCGCCCCGCGCCGGCCACAUCGGAGCAGAGGGCACGCGUCUCCCUCUUGCCCGAGAACUUUGACUGGCGUGAUGUGAACGGCGUCAACUACGUGGCACCGGUGCGAGACCAAGCCAGCUGCGGCUCAUGCUACACCUUUGCCUCCUUGGCCCAGAUUGAGUCGAGGGUCAGAAUAGCAACCCAAAAUGUGCGACAAGACGUCUUCUCUACACAGGAUGUUGUGUCCUGCACCCCGCUAGCUCAGGGCUGCGCAGGAGGCUUUAGCUUCUUGAUCGCUGGUCGCUACGCACAGGACCAAGGCGUGGUGGCUGAGGAAUGCAACCCAUACACUGGCAAGGAUGACGCAUGUGUCACUGAUUCCACUUGUUCCCGGACUUACGUCAGCGACUACGAGUACCUGGGUGGCUACUAUGGCGCAUGCAACGAGGAGCUGAUGCUGCAGGCACUGGUGGAGAACGGGCCCCUUGCAGUUGCCUAUGCAGUCUAUGAUGACUUUGGAAGCUAUGAGGGUGGCAUCUAUCACCACACAGGCGAGAGGAACGAGUUCAAUCCAUUUGAGUACGUGAACCACGCCGUGCUGCUAGUGGGCUACGGGGUGGACGAGGCCACAGGGGAAAAGUACUGGAGCGUCAAGAACUCCUGGGGUGACGCCUGGGGAGAGGCUGGCUACUUCAGGAUUCGUCGAGGAACCAACGAAUGUUCGAUCGAGUCAAUGGCCGUGGAAAUCACCGCUAUCCCUUGAGGGCUCCCGUUCAUCGCUGAAAAGUCAUGUAAUAUAAUUGAUAAUUAAAGAAAAUAUCUCCC